UUCCAGACACACGCAUCGCAUCUAGGUGUUCAUCACACAUGAUUGUUAAAUUGGACUUGCCAGAUUGGUCAGAUUUAACAAUCAUACGUGAUAAAUACAUACUGCGACUUUUUUGGAAUCGGAAAUUUAGAAUAAUCCAGGAAGUCAAAGAAGACGUGUUUGAGUACCGAGUGAGAAUUUUAAAGCAAUUAAUAUAAAAGUUAUCGACUUUCCACAUCUUAUAAUUACAGUCAUCACACUCGAAAAGGAGACUGACUGUAAGUUCUGUACAGAGCUUAUCGCCAUUAAUCAAGAACCAACUAACACGUGCGAGAUAGUGAGAAGCUUGUUGGAGGUUGGAACGUUUAUAAAAAUCUGUCAUCACAACAAUAGAUGCUCAUGCAUUUACUGUUAUCUCUUGUACAUCCUUUUUACCAAUGAAGGUCAAAAAGAACAAGGCAACUGACUACUACAAAAAACUGACAAAAAGCAAAAAGCAAACACUCCACUUUUUAAAAAGGACAGGACAAUGUAGUGAUGCUAACACUAGCAAGAAUACUUCUAAAAAUUUGGUAGAAGAUGCCAAUGAUAAGCAGAAUGUUCCUGUGGCAGAUUUCACGAAUACUUUAGCAAAAUUGAAGAAUCUCAAACAUCAGACAAAUGAAAAAAUCAACCAAUCUAAUGAGAAGUUGUAUAACUCUGAAGAAAAGAUGGAUAUGAACGACAAUUCUACUCUGAUUACUCCUGUAGAAAGAAAUUUAGGUUCACCUCUUGUAAUUGACAUGCUCUCGGACAGUGUCACUUCAAUAAAUCUGCCACAAAUAUUUGAACAGGAACAAAAGACAGAAUUAAGUGAGGAAAUUACUGACAAUGACAUCCUUGACAUGAGUGAAUUUUUAAGAGGAGAUGCAAGCAUGAUAGGUGCAGGAUCUGUAAAUUUCCAGUACAACACGGAUAUACAAAGACAUUUGAAGCAGUCGACACCUGUGCCAUCGAGUGCGGCUAAAAGUGAUAAAAGCCAAGAUGCUGACAGUGAUGACAGAUUAAGAGACAUAAAUGUAUGUGUUAAUAAUGUAAAUAGUCCUAUCAGAAGUCUUAGGCACAAAGAAUAUGGCAGAGACAGAAGUUCUAGAUCAAUAGAUUUUGAUAGUGAUAUAGAAGCACGUGAUAGUCCUAGGCAUAAAAAUCGCGGUAACUCGCGUCAAUCUACAUGCAAAUGGAAGCCGACGAAGGUUUACUGCAUAAAAGACAUGACCAUUGUUAAAAUGGAAAGUAAAAGUAAAUUCUCCUUCUUUGGCAAGCUGUCGGUAAAAGUGUUGUACGGCGCUGUGAAAAUUUAUGGUUUUAUACUAGAUAAAUCAAGUGGUGCCACAAAAGUGUACUCUCCACGAGGAUACAGUAGUGUUGUUAUAGAAACUAACGAGGAAUUCCCAGAGGAUAGUGUCGACGAUGUAUGGACGGCGCUUGCUCCAGAAGGCAUUACGCGAGAUUCGGAGAGCAAGCUGCAAAUCGACAUAGAUAACGUCCGUCCGGGAGAGGUUGUCCUCGUGCUGCGGAAUUUCGAAAACAAACUGACACUCUUCCUGAAGACAUACUUUGUACACUUCAAUUUGUUCUCGAAUCGUUUUCAGCAGAAUCCCUCCUAUAUCCCGUGGACAGAUCCCAGACGAGCUGAGAUGGUGCUGCAAGCACAUCUAUGUAUUGGACAACAUAAUUGUAAACGAUUGAUCAUUGAGCCCUGCAUCACAAAAGACAUCACAGAGAGGAUGCUAAGUCACAGGUAUGUGAACGAGUGGACGUGCACGCUGAUCGCUGGUGGUAAGAAUGUCGGCAAGUCAACCAGCGUGCGGUGUUUGAUUAAUAGUCUGUUGCGCACGUCGAAGGUGGUUUUGCUGGAUUUGGAUCCCGGACAAGCGGAGUGUACGCCGCCCGGUUGCAUCUCGUACAGCUUGAUCGAGGAGCCAUUAAUGGGGCCAAAUUUCACACAUCUAAAAACACCGGUUUACCAACUGUUCAUCGACGAAGUGAAUAUCAGUCAAUGUAUUACGCGUUACUUGGAGGGUAUUAAGAUGUUAAUCGAGAGAUUAAAGGAGUGCCCCGAGCUAUCCCGUUUGCCCGUCGUAGUGAACACGAUGGGCUUCACGAAGAAUCUUGGUUGGGACAUCAUGAUUUUCACAAUAAAGCUAAUCAGGCCAUCCAUCAUCCUCCAGAUCACGUCAAGGGAAACGAAAAAUAAUUACGGCGACUUUCUCAGUGCGGAAGUUGUAAAUAAACAGGAAUGCUCAUUCACAUUCUACCACGAGAAUUUCGUCGAUUGGAAUAGGCCGUGUGAGCACGAUUUAUGUAUAAUCUACUCUCAGGCGGAGACCGAGCGCAGGCGACCAACUGACGACUCAGCGCAAUGGAAGAGGAAAAUGGAGCCAUAUCAACAACGCGAGCUCGCGAUGAUGUCUUACUUUACCGGUCAGAUAGACGAUAAAAAUCCUCUUUAUUCCAACCAAAUUAACAUGAGGCCUUCACUCAAUAUUUACAAAGCGGUGCCGUAUACAGCGCCCUUUUCUUCCUUAUGCAUUAUACCUCAACGAUCAUCCGGAGUGCCUGCGUCACACGCUUUAAGCGUCAUAAAUGGUAAUAUUGUAGCGCUAUGUGGUAUAGAUUUAACGGAGGAAUCUUCACAGGAGUCUGAGAGCAUCUCUAGUCUCCGAGUACUGACGCAAAGAUCUCCUUUAUGUACAUGCUACGGGUUCGGAAUAAUUAGAGGUGUCGACAUGGAACGACAGGAAGUGUACAUAAACACUCCGUUGCCGAUAUCGAUCAUGCAGCAUGUAAACUGCCUGGCAGGUUGUACACCCGUUCCUCCGGCAUUGUUACAAUUGCAUCAAGGUGCUCCUUAUGUCGGUGGAGACGCAACGUUGCCGACGAGUCGUGAGCCUCGCAGAGGAUACUUUCGCAUGAGAUAUCAAAAUAAACCAAAUAAAUCAUAAUAAAUCAAAUAAACCAGGACAUAUAUUUGACAUGCCUUGGCACAAUUUUUUAUAAAUGGUCAAUUUUUUUGUAAAAUAGAACAAGAACAAAUUACAAAUGUAUUAUACUAGCAGAUGAAUAUUUUAUGUUACAUUUUAAUAAUUACACUAUUUUGUGUUAAAUCAAGCUAUAAAAUCACUACGCAUAACUCAGAGUAAAUGUAGUGUUUGUAAAAGAAGAAAAAGAUGUAAUUAAUAAAACCUAAACUUAAACGA